AUGCAUCGUGCUCCUCGUUUGGCGACUCGUCUGCGAAAUGGCUCCAGAGCCAUGGCCACUGCACCGAAAACACCACAACUACUGGGCCUGUCGUCAAAAUAUCUGCUACCAGUCUAUGCGCGACCAGACUUUGUGCUUUCUCAUGGAGAAGGGUCUUAUGUCUACGAUACUGAGGGUAGGCGCUACCUCGACUUCAGUGCAGGUAUUGCUGUGAAUGCGUUGGGACAUGCUGAUCCAGGCGUGGUUCAGACAAUCGCAGAGCAGGCGGGGAAACUACUGCACACCAGCAACGUCUACCACAACAAGUGGGCCCCAAGAUUAGCAGAGCUUCUAGUCACACUCACCCAACGUGAUGGCGGGCUUGGGUUUUCUCCAGGCACGUCCGGGGCCACUGCCAAAGUGUUUUUCUCAAACUCGGGAACGGAAGCCAAUGAAGGCGCGUUGAUUUCUUGCUUUUUUGUCUUGCAAAUAACUUGGUGCACAGGCGCGCUGAAGAUAGCGCGUAAGGUCGGCAAAGAUCGUGGGACAGACAAGUCGCGGAUUGUCUGCUUCGAGAAUGGCUUCCAUGGCCGGAGUAUGGGGUCGUUGAGCGUGACAACCAACCCGAAAUAUCAGGCGCCGUUUCAGCCCUUGGUACCUGGCGUAGAUGUUGGAGUGGUGAACGACAUAAAAGCGCUGGAUAGCCUCGUUACAGAUGCUACAUGCGCAGUCAUCAUUGAGCCCAUUCAGGGCGAAGGGGGAGUCAAUGCUGCCAACACUGAAUGGCUGGUUGCAUUGAGACGGCGAUGCGACGAGGUCGGCGCGGUAUUGAUAUUUGACGAGAUCCAGUGUGGCUUAUAUCGAACUGGCCAACUGUGGGCGCACUCCAGCCUGCCUGUCGAGUGUCAUCCUGAUGUGGUCACGAUGGCAAAGCCGCUCGCAAACGGCUAUCCCAUCGGUGCAGUGUUAAUGCGGGACUCAAUUGCGGAAACGAUGACUGCCGGAAGUCACGGAACCACUUUCGGAGGCUCGCCGUUGGCAUGUGCAGUGGGCCACCAUGUCCUAUCGCGGCUCUCAGACCCGCAAAUGAUGGCCCAAAUUAAUGCGACGAGCGUGUACCUCGAAGAACGGUUGACAGAGUUGCCGAAGAAAUUCCCCGGGAUCAUUGAAGCCAAAAUUCGUGGGCGUGGGCUCAUCCGGGGCCUUGGGUUUCUGGACAGCACACAACCGGGCUCGGUUGUUGAGAAAGCUCGCUCCCGAGGAGUAUUUCUCCUCACCGCUGGGAAAAAUGCAGUCCGACUUGUUCCCAGUCUCAAUGUCGGACGGGUAGAGGUUGAUACGGUGAUUGAAACACUGUCUGAGAGUAUAGAGGAACUUUAG